AUGGAGAGACAGGUCUGGGGUGCUGAGAGGCUGGGCCUCAUGAGAAGUACAGACAUGUCAUUGGCCAACCUGCAGAUAAGUAGUGACGACCUGCUGGAGAAAGAACAGCUCGACAAUGGAGGGUUUGGAUUGGUUUCCUUGUGUUUCCAUGGGAGCCGUGGGCUGGUGAUGCUGAAAAACGUGUACACCAGCCCCCAGCACACCGAGUAUAAUGCUUCCCUUCUGGAAGAAGGGAAGAUAAUGCACAAACUGAGUCACAGUAGGCUAGUGAAGCUCCUAGGCUUUAUUUUGAAAGAUGGCAACUAUUCUCUGGUGGUGGAAUACAUGCAGAAGGGAAACUUGAUGAAGGUGCUUAACUCAUUGUGUGACUGUUUUCUACAUACCAGUAUCCCCUUGUCUGUGUAACGGAGAGCUAUUCUGGAGAUCAUCAAAGAAAUGAACUACUUGCAUGGAGAAGGUGUAAUCCACCAAGACUUGAAGCCAGAAAACAUCCUUGUUGAUGAUGACUUUCACAUUAAGAUAGCCAAUCAUGUUGCCACCUUCAAAACAUGGAGUAGGCUGACUAAAGAGGAAAACAAUAGGCAGAGGAAAAUGAACAGCGCCCCCGAGCCAGCUGCUGGUACCCUCUUCUACAUGGCCCCUGAGCACUUGAGCAACUUCAACACCAAGACCGCAGUGAAAUCAGAUGUGUACAGCUUCACCAUUGUGCUCUGGCCAGUUUUUGCCAAUAAGGAGCCAUAUGAACAUACCGAACAAAUCCGCGUCCCGAGGGGGUGGGCAGUGUCCGUCGGUGGCAGGGGGCUGCCCUCCGACGGGGCAGGGAGCGGCUCGGGCCUCGUCGUCCUGGUGGGCGGUGCCGACGCGGAAAUGCCCGUCGCCGCUCCUCCUCCGGCUACUGUGGCACCCGGGACUCUCCUGCACCAGCGCGCGGGUGGUCCGGUGGAUCUGAUGCAGUUCGCAGAGCACGGCCUCUCUGCCCACGGCCUCGUCCUCCUUGGCAUCGCCCAUGGCUCGCCGCCGCCGCCGCCCAACUGGACCGCCGCCGCCACUCAUGUAGCCAAGUGGCAGAAACAGCUACAGACUUCAGGCAGUCAAAUCCCGGAGGGAACAAACGCCUAUGGGAAAGAAACACUUGAAGAGAAAGACCCUAAUGAGUCAUCUCUUUGUGUUGCAGAUGCUAUCUGGGGCAUUAUAGGUGGUAACAGGCCAAACAUGGAGGACAUCAGGGAGAGCUGCCCAAAGGAAAUCAUUGACCUAAUGGAACAAUGCUGGAAGGAUCCAGAAGACAGAAUUCACCAAAGAUUCAGUCCUUUUUACCAGAAACAUUUUGAUAAAAAUGUGGAGACAGAUGUGAUUAAUUUGAAAAAAAAGUAUUCUGCCCCAGAUGAAAUCGUGCAGAGGAUGCACUCACUCCAAAUCGACUCGGUACCUUACCAUGCAAGCAGCACACCUCCAGGUUUCAUCUAAUGCCAGAAGCUAAGCAC